AUGGAGGAAGUGAUCCCCAGAAUGCUCGAGGAUGUUUAUCUCAAUACGCAGGUGAGAAUUCAUCAGACCACGGACAGCCACAUAACCUUUCCUGGUGGUACGAGGUUUCGCACCUCAGAGCUGGAGCAAGGCCUUUGGGAAGAUACAGCCUAUUUUGACUACGCCAUCGAGAAUCUCAAUCAUUUGGACAUGACUGCGCCUCGGCCUGUACGGGCUAUCGCGGCACAGUGCACCAGUCAGCGUGCAGCAAUGUUUCUUGUGGUAGCCAGUAACGACCUCAAGAUGGUUUUUGACGACAUAGAUUCUUGGUUCGUCCAUAUGUGUGCCACAAUACUAUGUCGAUAUUGGCAAGGUCGUGCACUCCAGGAGGCGCUCAGCGCUAAGGAAACGUUCCUUCGCGGCAUUACGCAUCAGCUUCGAACCCCUAUACAUGGCAUUCUUGGCUCUGUUGAGCUUCUGACUGAGGAGCUGAAAUCUCGAAACGUGGUCCCUUCGACGGCUGCCUCGUCACCCACUGCCAGCCCAGACAUCGAGCAAUUGGACCCAUACACCUAUAUCAAGACCAUCAAGACUUCGGCAAGAGAGCUGAUCUCAACGGUGAACAGCCUCAUCAAGUUGAAUCAGUGGGCAGACAUUGCGCAGGCGGAACGCGUUCUCACAAUGCAUACAGUCUCUGAGAUUGAAGAUGCUUUGCUGAAGGAAACCCUGCUAGGACUAUCGGACGACCUAUCCACGCGACCAUCGAUUAUAAUACAACAUCAUCUACCACCAAGCUGCGACUUGCUUGCUAUCGACAAGCGGGUAUUUCUGGACUGCAUCCAGCCGCUGAUGGUCAACGCUGCUCAAAAUGCCGCUGGCGGUAUGGUAGCAGUGACUCUGUCAGUCCAGGAGGAUUGCCAGUCCCUCGUCGUCGAUGUCGAACACAGCGGGCGAAAGACACCCAAAGGGAAUUACGAUCGCGUGUUUGAUGCACACGAACAAAUCGAUCUCAGUGGUACCGAGUCUGCUUUGGGUUUGACGUUGGCAAGUAAAGCGGCGACACUCUUGGGUGGCGAGAUUACAAUGGUGACUUCGCCCCAUGGUGCAGGCUCACAUAUCAGAGCGACGUUCAAUGAGCCCGUCUGCGCCAGCUCAUUGCCAGCGUUCCGUGCAGUGAAGGAUAGGUUCAGUGAGCUUCCGCAAACCUUCCAUCAUCUCACGUCCAAGUCAGCGACGUCGUCUUUGGGCGAUUACUUCACUCAGUAUCUUUCAAGUGCUGGCUGGACAGCAUCAAACACACCGAAGGGCGCUUUCGUAGUCGUCGACUAUACACCGAAUCUGGCGGAGCUCUACCGACACACGUCGAACAUUGAUGCAGACCAAGUCGCGAUAUGCCUCGUUCCAGAAUGUGCAUGCUUUCUUGACUUCCAUACGGAGCGCGUUCGGCGGCAAGGAAAUGUUGUAUACGUUCAAGGACCUUUCUUGUCGGAAACAUUUGAACAAGCAUUGAAGCAUGCGGAUGCAAUUUCGGCCGAAUUCCGCGCAUCUGCUUUGGAGACUGAGCUGUGUACAACUGGUGGGGUCGUCAUCGAACCAGUCAAACAAGAUCCUGCGCGCGACUCGAACGAGCGCCCCAAACUCCCAUCCGAGCGAGGUUCCAUCUUCCCCGACAAGCUUCAGAAUGAACUAGUCCAGUCGGUACGGACCUUGCGCAUCCAAACCAAAGCUCCACCGUCCGUAAAGGAGACCUCAACAUCGAGUAAACCCUUGACACUCCUUGUUGAUGACAAUGCUGUCAACCUUCGUCUAUUGGAGAUGUACUGCAGUCGUCGUGGUAUCCCGUUUCGGAGUGCAAAGGAUGGGCAGCAGGCUGUCAACCUCUUUACCGAAGCUCUUGUACCCAAAUACGACCCUCUACUACGACAAAACCUACCCGUCCAACCCUUCGGACUUAUCCUCAUGGAUCUGCAGAUGCCUGUCUGUGAUGGCAUCGACGCGACACGACAGAUACGACGGCUAGAGAAGCAGCAUGGAUACGAACCAAGCGUCUUGUUCAUCGUCACUGGUCAAGACUCUUCGAACGACCGCAAGGCUGCAGACGACGCCGGCGCCGACGAGUUCCUGACGAAGCCGGUAGGACCCAAGGUUCUUGACCAGUGGGUGAAGAAGUGGUACCCUGAUAUCGACAUAUGA